GUAGUAUACUGCGUAGGACAACAAACUCUACUCCUCUUUUCCUGAACACGGGGUUUCCGUUUCCGCGCAGCAGUAAAGCGACUCUGUUUCUGACUAAGUUUCACUCUUUCUUUCUUCUUUUCUUUCUUUUGAAGACUAAAAACUCAUGAAAUUAAGACUGAGUGAAAGAAAGUGAGCAGUGAUUUGAGCUAUAAUGAGCGGCACUGCUGUCGAAAGUGCUACGAUACCGGAAGAUAUCUCAGGCCAAAUGUUGGAGCUGGAUGAGGACGAGGACUUGGAAGUUUUCAGUAAGGAUGCAACCUUCAUGGAUGGAAGCUCCUUCAGUGUCUCUAUGCAGACAUCCCCUGGAUCUAUGGUCAAUCAGUACAGAUUUGAGGAUGAGGAGGAUGAGUGUGGCACUAAAGACAUAUUCAUCACAGUUGAUAAUCCUGAGAGUCAUGUGACAGCCAUUGAGACGUUUAUUACAUACAGGGUUUUGACCAAGACUACACGUAGUGAGUUUGACUCAAGUGAGUAUGAAGUCCGCAGGCGCUACCAGGACUUCUUUUGGUUGAAAGGCAAACUGGAGGAGGCUCAUCCAACUCUUAUUGUUCAUCCCCUACCAGAGAAAUUUGUUAUGAAGGGAAUGGUGGAAAGGUUCACUAAUGACUUCAUUGAGACAAGGAAAAAAGCACUACACAGGUUUCUCAACAGAAUAGCUGACCAUCCCAUUCUCUCGAGCAGUGAGGAUUUCAAGAUCUUUCUAACAGCACAAGCCUGGGAACUAGCAUCUCAUAAGAAGCAAGGUCCAGGUUUCUUAAGCAAAAUGGGCGAGACAGUGAGAGCCGUAGCUGCCACAGUCCGAGGGGUCAAAAAUCGGCCAGAGGAUUUCAAUGUCAUUCAGGACUAUGUGGACAACUUCAGUCUGAAGCUGACCUCGCUGGACAAAAUCACCCAGCGAAUUAUCAAAGAAAAAAGAGAGUACCUGGAUGAAAUGAAGGAGUAUGGGCCCAUCUACACCCUGUGGUCUGGCUCAGAGGAGGAGCUGGUGGAGCCUUUGAAGCUCAUGGCGAGUUGCUUGGACAGGUGCUACAAGGAGACUGAGGAGCAGAUAGAGCACCUCAGUAUCAGCCUCCUCCCAGCACUGCAUGAGUAUGUGCUCUGUGCAGACAACCUCAAGACAGUACUGCGGAGACGAGACAACAUCCAAGCAGAGUUUGAGGCUAAGAACGAAGCUCUUGCCACUAAGAGGACGGAAAGGGAAGCAGAGUCUAAGGUGCUGAGGUUAGCAUGGGACAGCCUGGUGGGCAAAGACCCAGAGGAGGUCAGACAGCAGAAACAGCAGAAGCUUAAAGGAGAGAUUAAAGAGAUGAAGGAAGACAUUGAAAAGCUGGAAGACAGACUGGAAUGUGCCAAUAACACACUGAAAGGGGACUGGAGGCGCUGGCAGAAGAGCAUGAGAUCUGACCUGAGGGCAGCCUUUACCCAAACAGCAGAGAAGAAUGUGGAAUACUAUGAAAAGCAGUGCAGUUUGGCCAUGCUGUGCAGAGUGUCUGGCAGUGUGGGAGUCGUUCUUGCUGUCUCAAAGACCUGACGCCAAGGAAGUGGGCAGAGAUGACUCCUAAUCCCUCAGAAGCUUUUAUCUAAACAGUGAAGACCAAAGACAAGUUUUUACCUUACAAUCCAUACAAUUGCUUGAAUUUUAUAGCAGAAUACCACUGCCACGAUGUCUCAAUAUAAACAUAACUGUGCCUUAUCACUAGCCAAACCAAGGACAGAGAUAUCUGUAGUAAACCCAUUAUUUCCUACAAGAGAUAACAAGUUUGUCUCUGCAGCUCACCUAUCUGUAUAGUAUAGGACAAAUAUUUUGCCAAAAAUUGUUUUUUUGGCUUAUUAACAGUCUUGUGAAAAACCUAAAGGAAGAGAUAAUAAAAGAACCUAAUUAAA